UAAUGUAAUAUAAUAAUAUAAUACCGGGUCUUACAUUAAUUUUUGCUCCAAAAGACACAUUAGUGCUGAUUGUCUGGCUAGGUCUUAUUUUCCGGGAAACACUGUAUUCCCACCUAUUUGCAGCCUUCUCCCUGUCAUCCCCACCUUUCUCCUUUCUUUCCAUCUCACACCUCUCCCUCCCCACUCCAAUUCAUCCCUCAAACCUCGCCUUGAACACACACUCUCCAUCCAUCCCUCUCCCUCUUCCCUUCCCUUCCAGCAAACUUCUACCAUGGAUUCUGGGCCUCCUUGGGCUGCCAACCCCAUCCCGGAGGGCACCCUCUCUGUCCCCAAUGCCACCACACCCUGGCUGGGCCGGGAUGAGGAGCUGGCCAAGGUGGAGAUCGCGGUCCUGGCCACUGUCCUGGUGCUGGCGACAGGGGGCAACUUGACUGUGCUGCUGAUGUUGGGCCAGCAGGGCCGCAAGCGUGCCCGCAUGCACCUGUUUGUGCUGCACCUGGCCCUGACGGACCUGGGUGUGGCGCUCUUCCAGGUGCUGCCCCAGCUGCUGUGGGACAUCACCUACCGAUUCCAGGGCCCCGACCUCCUCUGCCGGGCCGUCAAGUACCUGCAGGUGCUCAGCAUGUUUGCCUCCACCUACAUGCUGCUAGCCAUGACGCUGGACCGCUACCUGGCCGUGUGUCACCCCCUGCGCAGCCUCCAGCAGCCCAGCCAGUCUACCUACCCACUCAUCGCUGCUCCCUGGCUGCUGGCCGCCAUCCUCAGCCUGCCUCAAGUCUUCAUUUUUUCUUUGCGAGAGGUGAUCCAGGGCUCAGGGGUGCUGGACUGCUGGGCAGACUUUCGCUUCCCUUGGGGACCACGAGCCUACAUCACCUGGACCACCCUGGCCAUCUUUGUUUUGCCUGUGGCCAUGCUCACAGCCUGCUACAGCCUCAUCUGUCAUGAGAUUUGUAAGAACCUAAAAGUUAAGACACACACCUGGAGAGUAGAAGGAGGAGGCUGGAAGACUUGGGACAGGCCCUCGCCUUCUGCCCCAGGCGCAGCCGUGAGGGGCCUGCCAUCCCGGGUCAGCAGUAUCAGCACCAUCUCAAGGGCCAAGAUCCGCACCGUGAAGAUGACCUUUGUCAUUGUGCUGGCCUACAUCGCCUGCUGGGCACCCUUCUUCAGCGUCCAGAUGUGGUCGGUGUGGGACGAGAAUGCCCCUAAUGAAGAUUCAACUAAUGUGGCUUUCACCAUCUCCAUGCUUUUGGGCAACCUCAGCAGCUGCUGCAACCCCUGGAUCUACAUGGGCUUCAACAGCCACUUGUGGCCACGCCCCCUGCGCCACCUGGCCUGCUGUGGGGGUCCUGGGCCUGGGAUGCGCAGGCAGCUCUCCAAUGGCAGCUUCUCCAGCCGCCACACCACGCUGCUGACCCGAUGUAGUGGCCCACCCACCCUCAGCCUCAGCCUCAGCCUCAGCGGGAAGCCUGGGCUGGAAGAAUCACUGAAGGACUCAGAGCAGUGGAAGGAUUGUUUAAUGAAGAAAAGUAAAUGGGUCUGGGGGCUUUGCCUGCUCUGCCCACCUGUCUACUGGAGGGAGAUGCAGGAUUUAGUACAGCACCAGGUAACUAGCAGAAACUCUGUAAAUUCUAUUUCCUCUUCUCCCAUACCACCCCCCUUUAUAGGGUGGUGACAGGGGCAAAGUGUUUUAUAUUCUUAGUGGUCCCACUGGGGGUGAGUGUGAGAAGAAAGAGGGCAGGGAAGGAAGGGAUGAAAUUAGGAGUGGAAGAAGGCUUAGAAGCAUGGGAAGUAGUUGCUCUCCCUCCUCCCCCCAGGGGGUCCAGACUGCUCCUUCCUCUGGGGCUGCAUGGAGGAGACAACCUUUUAGAAAGUAUGAUGAGCUCAUGGCUCCAGAUUUCCUCCAGUCUCUUCAGAGCUUCCACAUAAAUCAUGUGCAUUCUGUGAUCAAGUCAGGAGCCCUGGACUUGAAGCUCGGCUCUGCUUUCAGGUAACUGUUACCUUGGACCAGUCACCUCCCUCUCUGGGCCUCAAUCUCCUCACCUGUAGAACAGAGAUGAUUUCUAAGGUCUUUCCCAGCUCUAAACUUUCAUGACUUUUAUCAAAUGGCAUUAUGAUAGAGAAAUACAAAAGGAACUCUGACCAACAGUCUCUAGAAGAAUCAUUUGGAUUUUCAUGAAAAUGACAUUUAUACUCUUUGACUCAAUUCUGGUGACUGUGGGUCCUGCCAUGGCCAUACUGUCCAUUUUUGCCCUCAAUUCUAUGAUGUUGAUGGCUGGAGAGACAGCAGGGCAGGUAGUCUGGGCUCUGUCCUGAAUUAUCUCCAGUGGGAUUUAUAUCAUGGGGUAGCUUUCCCGCCCUAAUUCUGAUUCUAAUCUUAGAAAUGGCCUUGAUGGUGGAAAGAGCAUCAGCUGAAACAUCAGGAGAACUGGGUCCUAAUUCUGCCACCAUGCCAUCACCGAUGACCAACAUGGGUGAAAUGCUUGCUCUCUCAGUUGUGAGGGUCAAGUAGGACUGCGGAUGUAUAGGUGGUUUGUAAACCCAUAAGCUCUAUACUAAUGUAAGCGAUGGCCAAUCUAAUUAAGAGUUCCUGAAAACAGCUCUAGGAAACAGGUUCAAUUUGCCCUCCUCUCUUAGGGAGGCUUUGAGAAAUUACUAUGACUUUGGGGAUACACGUAUGUAAGACCACUCAGCUCUCAGAAGCCUCCUUAGGUUUCCUAAAAGAAAACAAUGCAGCUGAGUGUUGUGAGUGAGCAAAGCAUCCCAACCCUUCAGUGCUAGAGAACUAGAAGGCGAGACACAGGCUCCUAGUGGGAACAAGUUUCAAGGAAGAGGACCCACAGUCUUUUCACUGUGCUCCAUUGCCCAUGUCUGUACCUGACAUCCAGCCACUUCUUCCCUGUCCAUCUGCCCCAGUGGUGCUGGGCUUAGGAGCCUCCUAUGCCAGCCUGAGCUUUUGAAGUUGUUUGUUCCUCUGCUUACAUGAGCCACCUUCCCCCUUCAGACCACAGUUCCUGACCCUAGUGCCCAUAACAGUUACUAAGUAAAUCUGCUCAUUGUGACGAAUGGGAAAUAAAAGGACACCAGCCUUGUACCCCAGAGGUAUGGGUUUGAGUCCUGAUCUCACCUCUUUUCUACCUGUAUGAACUUGGGCAAGUUGUCCAAUCUCUCUGAGCAACAGUUUCCUCAUUUGUUAAGUAGAAAUAACUAUGCCACUGCGUGGGAGGGAUUUGGAAGACUGUAGACAAUGAAAUACUCUACAGCUGUUAAAGAAGAGAACGAUGGCCUGGCUCUGGCUGCAUCUGGUGUGUGACUUCUAGGGCACUAGGCUCAGGAGACUCUACAGUUCAGAGGGGAAGAGCGGAGACCUGGAAUCAAGACACCUUCCAUGUCUCCUCUUCACCUUCUACAGCAAAUAAUAACACUGUUGUAUUUUCAGUUUUGCAUUGCACAAAGGGGAUUUACUUGUGAACAGCUUCGGAGCCCUCACUGUUCCUUCCACGGAAAGGCUGCAUUUGAUCUCUUUCAGAAAGCUGGUGCUGUCUUAUGAUAAGGCCAGAGGGGAGCAGCCGGAUGCUCCUGAAGGAAAUGGCAGGAUCUUGUCUGGAUCCAUGAAUGACAGCUUUUGCACGAUGUGUAGGAAGCUCUCACAGACAUUCUGGGACAGCACAAGGGCCUUGGGUAGGGUUCGGAGAGAGGGGCUCUUGUGGGAAGCAAGAAGGUUCUGUGCUCCCUGGGUCAAUCUCAUUUCUGACAGCUAACCCCAGGAAGAUAACUCUCUGUGAAAUACAAUACUUCGGUCACUUAGAACCCAUGUGGGAGCAUGGGGUGAGGGGACAGGCAGGGCAGAGGAUGGCAGGAGGAGGUUAACUGGCUGACUGUGGCGAUUUCUCAGAAUUGCUUUUUACAUUGUUUGAUAUAGGCCAGUAAUUUUCCAGAUGACUCUAUCUGUGUUUUGUGUGUAAAUAGGUCUCGUAUUUAUCGAGGGGCUAUUAUAGAUUCAGCCUGGGCUGUGGCAGCUCACUCCUGGGUCAGGAACCCAGAGAUGUGGUUG